AAUCGCAAGAGAGCGAAAGCGCAAUGAAAACAGCUGACAAUAUCCAAUACCACCGAAUUUACUAUACAUUUCAUACCAUAACUUCUACGUCCUCGUCUGCUGCAACUACGCUGAAUGAACACCUAAUGUAAAGACUGCAUCUCAAUCGAAUGGCUUCCGGCUGCGGGUAAUAUCAAUUGGUUCUCUUGUGAAGUAAAUAAACACAAUAGUAGAUUGGUUAGAUAGACGUGCCGGUGCGUAAGAAAAAGCAGUGGUUGUUUAUUUACAUUUCUUUCAAGUUUCGUGAAUGAAAAACUGUGUUUUGUAGCGUGUGUACUAUGGAUUUUUUAUAUAAUUUGAUUGGUUGAAGUCACUGUAUACCGGAUUUUCGAAAAAAAUGGCAUCUAGAAUGAGCUUUUCUCGUAACAGAAACAGCUGGGGGCCGAUUUCCGUAACAUCUCAAGGAUUUUAUAGAACACCAGACGAUGAUGAUAACGAUGAUGAAAUAAAAAGUAUUCAAGCUAAACAGUUAGAUCCGCUAAAAGAGGAUUUAGCCGAUUGGUUAAAUAAAUCUUUGGGUAUCGAAUAUAUUAACAAAGAUAAUUUUCUUGAAGAACUGGAUAAUGGCGUAGUUCUUUGCCAUUUGGCACAAAUAAUAACUGGAGAAGUUAAAAAGGCAUUGGACAAAGGAUUGGUAAAAGGACCACUGCCCAAAAUUCGAGGAAAAUGUUUCGAAAAAGCUGCAAGAGGAAGUUUUUACUCUAGAGAUAAUAUGGAAAAUUUUAUUCGAUUCUGCAGAUCACUUGGAGUUCAUGAAAAUUUACUGUUUGAAAGUGAAGAUUUAGUUCUACAUCACCAACCACGUAAUGUUAUUCUCUGUUUACUGGAAGUUGCCCGAAUAGCUUCAAAAUUUGGCAUUGAACCACCGGGAUUGGUACAACUAGAAAAGCAGAUUGCUGAAGAAGAAAGAGAUUCUUUCGAUUCAAGACUCAGUUCGCUAUUAUCUUGGCAAUUCCCAAAUAUUACAGAAACAACUCCAAAUUAUUCCAAGAUGAAGCAAAGUUAUUCAGCUGGAGCAAUAUCGUCUGUUUUAGAUAGAUGGAAUUCUCAUCAUGUCGUCUUAGUGGACCAAUCAGUUGAUCUGACCUCUAUAUCUGUAGCUAAUAAUACCAGUGGAGCAAGUGACGGCGUUCCAAGUGAUAAUACUGAGGAUGAAGAGUGGUCACGAGGUAGUGGCGAAGAUCCAGACCUUGAUGUGACUCCUCCAACAAGGCCAUCUUCAGGUGGAAGUGACGGUGCUAAUACACCGAGUCCAUCUCCAACGAACGAAUUAGAUAGAAAAGUACAAUUAGCUGCUAGACUGAUGCAAAAAAACUGCAAUUGUUCUAGUGGAAGAUGUGAAAGAUUAAAAAUAAGGAAGGUAGGAGAAGGAAAAUACAAUAUAGCCGGAAAAAAUGUAUUUGUUAGGUUACUGAAAGGUCGCCACAUGAUGGUAAGAGUUGGAGGGGGAUGGGAUACUCUUGACCAUUUUCUCCUGCGUCACGAUCCAUGUCAAGUAAAAGUAGUCUCCAGGGAAUCUCCAGAUAGGCCUACCAAUGCUUCCAAAUACUUACAUAUCAGAGCCAAAUAUAGGAGUCCCCCACCCAGAGAAUCUAUUACUCGUUAAUAAUUGCUAUUGAAAAACCAUAUUAACGUUUACAUUUUCAAUUAAAAAAAUGUUAAAAACGUGAUUCUAGGGAUGUGCCGGAUAUUGCUUAACGUAUUUCCCCUAGGACCAUGCACUUUCACUCAGUGAAUGCAAUGGAAUAAUAUUCGGUCAACUUGAAUGAAAAAAGCUGUUCUAUAGCUUUAGUGGAUUCAUUUUGUAUACAACUUUUCAUCUUGUUAGUUGAGGUAAAGUUCAGUUUGUUGUGGUAAUUUCAAAAAGGCCAAGUUUGUAGGUUGGGCAUUGAUGGUAUAUUGAUGGAUAUGAUUGAAAUGUAUGAAUAUGUCCGUAGAGUUUGUAUGUCAUAAGAUGUUGAUAUUAAUGUGACUCCUCGAUCUAGAAAACUAGCACAAUAACGACUUUUUUAAUAUCUUGACUUAUUGAAACAGUGAUUAUCUUGUCGUACAGGAUAUGCAAGCAAAUGAUCAACUAUUAUGCCCAUUACUGUUCUGUACUGAUUGUAUAUCUUUUUAAGUGAUUAUCAACAGAUUAUUGGAAAUCACAAGUAAUACUUUGGCUUCAUUCCUUUGUUAAUUAUAUUUAAGAAUGUGAUUGUGAAGAGAAAACUAGAAACACGUUUUUACUACCCAUGUAGGCUUAUCGUUUCUUUUUGUUGUAAUUUUUUGUUGUUACCCUUCAACGGGUACUGCAAUGUUGUAUUAAAAAAGAUCAAUAUUAUUACUUGUUUCAUUUCGAGGUAAACAAGCACCAAAAUCUCUUGUUCAUAUUAUUUGAUACGUAACAUUGUCGUACCGUUUAAAUAGUUUGCAAAAACGGGAACACUUGCCAUUUAUCUGAUAGUUAUAUACUAUCUUUAUACUAAAAAACUUAGUUUGACUGAACUUACAUCAUCAUAAUUGAUACUACAAAAUUUUGCAAUAAGCAAUCAUGUAAUUUUAUAAAUAUUACACUUUAAUUAUGCCAGUAAUAAUUACUUAGUAAUUUGAUGAAUAUUUAAGUAACCUAUAGAUUAUUUUUUUGUUUAAUUGAAUGUAAAAGUAAAGGCAAAGAUAUGUAAAUAAACUUUUGAAACCAUUUUUAAUUAGUGUUGUUUUUUCAAUUAUAAAACAAUUCUAAAGCUCAAUUUUUCCAAUACCAAACAAUUUCAACAUCUCAAGCAUAGGUAUGAAAAAUAAAAAGGUUUUCUGAAGAAUAACUUUUUUAAUUUUUCAGUUGAAAUUUUUAUUAUAAUGUAACCCCUUCUUUAAAACCUCUUCUAAUCUACCAAUCAGUUUUCUUAUUUAUCUUAUGAGAUUUUAAUCAAUUUUUACACUUCCAAUAGAAUAAUCCAAAUUUUGUAACAGUAAAUACUAAAACAACACUCGAACCAAAUAAACAAAUUCAAAUUUUGUCUUCUCAUCAAACUCUUAUGUUCCCAGAAAUAAAUUUAGCUUCCUACAAUAGCAUAGUUUGUAAGUUAUAUUUGUAUACAUCCUUAAUUGAUUUUUAUUUAUUCUGAAUAUCAUGUCCUCUUCAAUGUUGGUAUUAUUAUUUCAUGAGGAGCUGAUGCUUUUGAUCGUUCUGAUUAACUUCCUUCGAUUCCGAAAUGUGCCAAUUUCAUAUAAUAAUUUGUUAUUAUGUAAAGUACUAAAUCGCUUUAUAAUUAUAAUAAAGUUCUUUCCUAGCUGCGAAUUUUCAGACCUUUUAAGAAUACUAUUAUUGUUAUUGUCAAUAUUGAGUAUUGAUGCUGCAUAUUUUAAGGCCAAUUGAACUUGUUAGGUAUUCAUACACACUGCUUUUUUUAACUUUUAUAUAAUACAGAAAUCAUCUUUGAAUAAUAUUAAAAUUUCUUUAAUCCAUCUUUUCAUAUAGUGAUUAAAUUCAAUUCAAUAAUCAUAGAAUCUACAACUGUGUACUAUCAUUGUUUAAAAAUGUAUUGAACAAUGAUUAUUUAAAAGUAUUGUAUCGUAUGUAACUCGAAUUGAAACAUAUCUAUUUGGUGCUCUACAAGUUCUUAAAUAUAAAACUAAAUCAAAUAAUAAUACCAUAACAAAGAUAUUUUCACAUAAUGUUUAAUUUUAUUUAUUUAAAAAAAUAAAAUUUAAUUUGAGUUGAAAGAAUUUUGAGUUUUUUUGUUAUUUCUUAACGUGUAAGUUUUUAAUAAUUCUAUAAAUAUGGGAGUAUCAAGGAUAAUAAAAUCUAAUGUAUUUCAAAUUGCAAUAUGAUUAAAUUUGAUUUAUGAAACGCUUUUAAAACGUACUUUUCUUCAGAUAAAUCUAACCACUAACCGAAAUAUAUUUGAAUUUUAUAUAUUGAUUUAGCUUUCAUUCUCAUACAACAUAAUUACGUUGAUCAAAUGUUUAAAAAAUUUCGUUAUUAUCAAAUUAUAUGAUUGAUGAUGAUUAAUUUUUAUUGUGUUACUGUACAAACGAAUAUAAUUAUACUGUGUGUUUUUUGCAGUUUGAACAGCAUCAUCUCAUUAAUGUUUUUGUAGACCGAGCUUCGCUUCUUUCAUUAAUUUCAAAAAUAAGUCUAUAAAAAUGUCCAAUUCCGCUCUACAUUAAUUAAGCGUCAUGAUAAGUGAUAAAGAGGAACCUUUAUAUCAAUGACAUCAUCUGACUUCAUAGAAAUUGAUUGUACCAAAUAACACAAUAAAACGGUUGAAUAAAUCUUGUAAUUAGCAGAGUUAUUCUUUGCCUUUACAAUUCAUUAAACAAUAUUCAAUUUUUCAAUCUAAUAUUGUGUAAUAUUCACCACUAUAUUCAUAGCGCACCUGUGAUUGACACUUGUCAAUAUUACUAAUACCAUGAACUGAAGAAACCUUAGAUAAACGUCGUUUAUGGGAAGUUAAUCCACACAUGAAGUCCACAGAUAUCUCUAACGCCCAUAAUGCAAAUAGUUGAUUAGAGUUUGUUUUUUAGUUGAAGUGUUUUGAGAUCUCCUUUGCAGAGUUGUGUACCAACAUUAAUAACGUAUCUAUCUCUACGCUUUACGCUGUGAAACCAAUUCGUUAAUGUUAUUUACGUCACAUAAUCGUCUGAUGUUUUCACUUCUGUCUCGGUCCAAUAGUGUUUUUCCCAAGAUCCGGAUGAGAAUUUUUAUUUCUGUUGUCUUCAAGAGUUGUUUCAUUUCUGAUGUUUCUAAUCUUUAUGAUGUAUACGUUAGUACAUGUCCGAUUGUCGCUUUAUAAAUUCGUGCCUUGUUUUUUGUCUUAGAUGUUUCUUCCGCCAUACUACGCUCUGAAGACAUCCCGCUACCUCAUUUGCUCUAGCUACUUAUCCUCUUACCUUGUCGUCUACAUCUCCAUAAAAGGUUAUGUCAAUUCCAAGAAAUUUGAAUUUAAUUAUCCGUAUUAUUUGACCUUCUAGUUCUAAUUGGCAUACAAUGGACACUGUGAGAUUAAAGAUAUUUAGUAAUCUUUGAAGAUCAUCUUCAUUUUCGGCAUUGCAUAUCUUUACUUUUAAAACAAAUAUGAUCAUAUUCUAACUCUUUUAAGGCCUCUAAAACUAUUGGUCGUUGUCGUAUUCAUAUUAUGAAAAAUUAUGUUACUUGUUAUAAUUUUUCCAAAAAUAAUUUAAAUAGGAGAUUUUAGCAGAAGCACUUAAGGGGGUUUUCUGGUCUAGAAGCCUAAAUUUUCGGUAUUUUUGAAACUAACGUAAAAAACAAUGAAAAACAUUUUUACUAUCAAUUUUUUUAUAUGAUAUAUUCUUAAGGGUCUAAACUUUGAAAAUAUGCAAAAAAAAUCGAUUUGUUUCAAAUUUCUAAACCAAAAUACCCCUUUAAUUUGUGUCUAAUCCGUACCGAUAGCUUAAAAACAAAUUAUAAUGAUCUUACUAUUUCUAGUAGCUAGAGCAGCACAGCUCCUUUUAAAUGAGAGCGCAUCUUAUUAGUCGGUUCAUUAGAUCUUCCAGAGGGAAACGUUUUUAUUGCCAACAUUAUUAUAGUUCCUAAUAUAGUAGAAACUCAAAAUUUAUAUUCAGCAAUUUCACUUCUAUAAGCUAAAAAAAAGUUAUUAAGACAUAUCUGUAAAGUCAAAGAAUUAUAAAUAGAUUGAGAAAGUUCACAAUGUAAACGUCGGUUUACCUAAGGAGUUCUUAAUUUAUGCUGAUACUAAAUAAAGGUAGAAUAUUUUGCCUACAAUUAUUAAUUCUAGUGUAUAAGUAUAAAAUAAUCACUAGGUUAGGAGUUUUAUACCAAUUUCAAUCUCAAGUUCAAAUUAGGCACUAAGAUUAGUUAUAUUACCGCAUAUUUGUAUUAUAUUUAUACAAAAUAAAGUAAGAUAUCCACAUUA